AUGUCAGAUUCGAACCCAUUUAGUACAGAAAAUGUCCUGGACCUCGCAAUAAAAGCUCUCCGUGAUGAACAACCGAGUCUCAGAACACCCUAUGAAGCUAUCGCUCUCAUUGGCCAUGCCUGCAUGGCAGCGGUAGGCUUUAGGCUGGUGGGACUCGGGGAAGACCACACCAUAGAGUCCACAGAGACGCCCACCCUCCCCGCAGAAUGGAACGCUAACAGUACCUUGACCUUUCGAUAUGCCCACGAACAAUCAUCGAUGCAGUACCUAUUGAGGGUGAGUCGACUUGGUAAUAAUGCUGUGGUAAAUGCCUUGGGCCUGGGCGAUGAUCGCACUGGUUCUUUUGAUCUGUCCGUGAAGGAAUUUAUCUCGGAGUCUGCACUCCCAUUACCAUCCACAGACAAUAUCACCAAUGCUCUUCAUGCGGUGUUCAUCUCCUCCGAUCGUCUCAGCGAACUGAUUGCCCUCUUCAAAACCAAUGUGAUCCAGAAGCUUGCCCCGGGGCUGGACAAGGAGGCUUCACAGGGUUCAUUGCGCGAAUUCCAGGAAGCACUUCGGCAACAACCAGAAGACAGACCACGUCAUGAUCCUUUACGGGACAACUCUAUCAUGCCCGAGCCCGCCCGUCCAUACCCAUUCGAUGACCCUCUGGCUGCUGCACCCCGCCAGCCGAACCCAACGGGCGAUUUUUCCCCUCCAGGAUUCGAGGAUGAGUUUGAGAUCAAUCGCCCCCCGCGCGGAGUUGCUCCCGGCUUUGGUGGGGGAAGAGGUGUCUAUGGCAUUGGAGAUCGUGAUCUCUACCCAGCAGGACUUGGCCCUCACGACCCACUUCGAGGACCAAUGGGGCCUGGCUUUGGCUCCGGCGGUGGUAUGCAUCCAACCUUUGACGAUCCUCUCUUUGGUGGACGUGGUGGCAGUGGUGGGUAUGAUCCUCGUGCGCCACCGGGGGCCAGAUAUGACCCUCCUGGACCUGGUGCUCCACCAUUUGGCAGCAACCGAGGACCGUUUGGAGGGCCCGGAGGAGGCUUUGGGGGAGGCUUUGGUGGUGACAUAAUCUAA